CUCUCUCUCUCUCUCUCCAUUUCAGUUUCCCAAUUCGCAGCGAGAGAGAGAGAUGGCGCCGCCGGCAACGGAGCGGUGGUGCUGGACAUUGAUUAUCGUGUUGCUUUCUCUGUUCGUCCGAUCUUCGACGGCCAUUUAUUGCGGCGAAGAUGAUUGCUAUGCUCUCCUCGGAGUGGCUCAAGAUGCAAACGCAUCGGAUAUAAAGAGAUCUUACUACAAGCUUUCUCUCGAACAUCAUCCAGAUAAGAAUCCCGAUCCUGAAUCCAAGAAGCUCUUUGUCAAAAUCGCCACUGCUUACGAGAUUUUGAAAGAUAACGAGACCCGUGCACAGUAUGAUUAUGCAAUUGAGCAUCCAAGUGAGGUAUUUUACAACACUGCUCAAUACUACCGAGCCAAAUAUGGACAUAAGUCGGAUCCUCGUGCUGUUCUUAUUGGUCUACUAGUAGUUUUGUCUGCGUUUCAGUAUCUGAACAACGUUGCUAGGUAUAAUGAGGCUUUGGCAACAGUUAAACGAACUCCUGCUUACAAAAACAGGCUCAAGGCCUUAGAACUCGAACGCACUGGUGGAUUGUCUAGCAAGAAGAAGGGUCCGAAGCAGAUCGACCAGAAACUACAGGAAGAGCUAAGCAAUGAACUCGACCUACAAAUCAAAGGAGCUGAAAAACCGUCAGUCUGGGAUCUUCUCGGUGUUCGAUUUGUUCUCCUACCUUACACUAUCAUCAAGCUUCUAGUUUGGUACAGCAGUUGGGUAUGGAGAUAUAAGGUUAAGAAAGCUCCUUAUUCAUUUGAAGACGCAUCUUACCUAACCCGAAGAUCACUUGGGGUGCCUCUCGACGCAUGGACUAAUCUCGAUGAAUAUAAGAAGGAAGAUCUGGUGCAGAGAAGGCUAUGGGAGAAGCAGAACCUUGAGAACUACUAUGCAGAGAUGCGUAAAGAAUCAAAGCGGAGAAGAUAGGUCCACUUACCACUUAUCACUUACCAUGCAAGGAGGGGGAUACACAUGAGAAGUCAAGUUUCUGAAGCACUUUUGUUACCAUUAUUACUUUUAAUGUUGCUAAGAUAUCUGAACAAACAAACCAGUUACAAGGAGAGACAGUAUAAUUGUAUGGUACACGGAACCAAAUCUCAAUUUAGCAUAUAUACAAGUUGGAUCAUGUCUGAUAA